GCCUUGUGUCCUGUACCAGCUGGGCGCUUCCUGGGGUCCCGCCCUUGCCCGCGGGCAGAUAUGGCGGCUGGUAACUCCAGUGAUGCUUCACGCAAACUUGACCCACCUGCUCUUCAAUGUGUUCUUCCAGCUCCGAAUGGGCUUUGGUAUGGAGAGGCAAUUUGGUAGGGAGAAGAUGAUGAUGAUCUACUUUGCGUGCGGCCUCUUCGGCAAUCUGAUGUCUGUAGCCGUGGACCCAUACAAACUUGCCGUCGGCGCUUCGACUGCCGGGUUCGGCCUCAUUGGAGUUUGGCUUGCUGAAAUCCUCCUCUCUUGGGAGAUCUUGGGGCCAGCGCGCGAGCGAACUGUGAUCUGGAUUGUUUUCAUGAUGAUCUCGGUCACCACGAUGUCGUCCAUGACGCCGAACAUGGACAUCUUUGGGCACUUGGGUGGAGCCUUGGGAGGCUUCCUGCU